UGCAGUGUGGGCUUUCCACCGGUGAAUUCAUUAGGUUCCUUUGGCGGCCUUCUGCGACUCACUCGUCAUGGAAGAAGAGGAUGACCCUUUCGGGAUGUUCGGAGAAGAUGAUAGCAGUAGGGAUAGCGAUAUGGCCGAGAACGAACGUUCAAGGAUUUCACGCUCCAUGGUCGAAACGGCGAAUCAAAAGACCAGAAACGGCAACGGAAUACUCUCUACGCCAAGCAAAGGUGUUGUUUCGGUUGCUGAUACCAGUUCCCGCUCUAUCAGUAGUGUAUGCGAGUGGUCACCUCCAUGGCCAAAACCAGUUUAUCUUGGGCCAAUGAAGCUUGUAAAGUCUCUCCCGUACGGUGGCGGGCGAGGUUAUAUCGCCGAGCGUGAUUUGGAGCCCGGAACCUUGGUUUUAUUGGAAGAGCCCAUCGUUGCUUGGCCAACCGAGCAACUUGGGCGAAAGCUAACUUUGAUUUCAGUACUUCAUAUUCUCCGUCAUUCAAAUGCACAGGCUCUUAUUCAUCAAUUGGAGCACUAUCACCCAACGAAACGGGCAGUAGACGAAGGCAACGGUGAUUCUGACCAUAUUCAGGUCGCCAAUAUGAUGGCCGUGCUCCGUCAAGAUAAUUCAGAGAAGGAGAAUGAGAUACUUGAAAUUAUCCAAUACGCGUCGCUAAAAGGAAUUCUAAACAGAGACCGUUCUGACUUAUCGUGCACGGAUGUGAUUCGUCUUUUGUUGUGUCUUCGAUACAACGGGUUAGAGAGUGGCCUCUAUCUACAUGUUGCCAUGCUGAACCAUGCCGAUCAGCCAAAUUGCGUCAAGUUUCUGCCGACUCCAGAAAAAAAGUAUUCGGAGGUUCGAACUACACGCGUCAUACGUGCGAGAGAGCCCUUAACAAUCUCAUAUCUCCCUUCAAUAGUAUCGCACGCGAGUCGACGUUUCCAUUUGUGGGAGCAGCAUCGCUUUGAUAUCGGCGCCAAUGUCUCACCUCAGUUAUACGAGAUGGAGCUUGUCGGCUUUCAAUUGCCUCUCUCGUCCAUUAAGGAGCUUGACGACGACGCUGUGACAAGUCGAAUCGAACGGACUGUGGCCGAAAUGGUAGAAUUGUAUACAGAGACAAGUGAACAGAUCAAAGGGAACCCGAACAAUUCUGAGUUAUGGGACUCCUGCAAGGCUCUGGAGCAAUCUUCCUUGCAACUCUGUAGCGAGGCCUUGGAUCAACUCCAAAAUAACCAUCACCUCUUGCUUAUCGCUUGUUUACAACUGCAUCUAGAUAGCUGUGACUUGGUCCAGCGGGAUCCUUGUUUGCCUUCCUCGCAGCGCCUCUCCCUACUUUGCCGCUUGAUUCUCACAGCUCAUCCACUAUUGGCGGUGCAAGAACGUUUCCAUGGGCCUGAUCAUUUUGAGCUUGCAAGUACCCACCUUGAUCUUGCACAGGCUCUGGAGGAGGUCUUAUCCCUUUCGCCAAAGCAAUUACUUCUCCUUCAAUUAGACGGCUUGUCUUCGGUUGGCGCAUACGCUGCGCUGGAAUAUAAGUCUCGCAAAGAGUUUGAACGAAUCAAGAGCCUUUACCCUCACGACGCUGAAAAGAUCGCAGGCCAUAGUCAAAACGGUUGAUCUAGCUCUUAUUGGUUGUUAAAUUACUUGGAAUUAUACCUAUCGA